GUCGUGGGUCCGCAAGAUUGCUGAGACUAUGGCUCAAGAAUAUAGCGCACCGGAGAGGGUUAGGUCCGACAAGAGCAAGUGGUUGCAUCGAUUGUGUGGAUUGCCUUGCCUCACAGUCAGCAAGUGCUCACAUGCCUGGCAACACUUGCAAAACACGGCUCCCCAGUCUCCUGAUGUAGUGGAUCUU